AUGAGUGCAGGGAAUACAGAGCGGCGACGGCGCAUCCGUGAACAGCUGCGCGAGUUCUAUGGCGAUCCCACGGCAAGCCGCGAACGGCAUCCCGUGGACAGCGGCAAGUCAGCAAUCCCGCCGGAGAUGGACCUUGACUCGGAGUUUUUCAAUGUCAGUAAGUACGUCACAGAUCUCUUGCGCCGUGAGAGUCUGAAAGAACUCGUUGAGACAGACACGCAGCUUCUCCGCAAUGUUCGCCAGCUCGAUGGAGAACUGCAGGAACUGGUUUACCGGAACUAUGCCAAGUUUAUCUCCGCGACGGACACAAUUCGUGAAAUGCGAGAUAACAUCACGGAGAUGGACGCUAAGUUGCAGGCACUCUCCAGCAAUGUUGAAAAUAUCGAUAAGGUAUCAAAGAGCAUCACGGAAAAGCUGCAGUCACAUCGGAGUCGAAUUGAAGAAAUGGUUUUAAACAACCGCAUGCUACGAAAGGUGCAGUUUCUUGUAGAGCUUGCAGACACGAUGCGUCGACUUAUUGAGCGCCAGGAGUACAGUGCGUGUGUGAGGUAUUGGAUAGUUGGCGACAAUUUCCUUGCGAAGCACAUGAAUCUAUCGAGAAUCACGAAAAUUCGUGCCGACUGCAUGGUGUUGGCGGAGCAGCUGUACAAAAAACUGCAGGAGACCGUCGUGACCACCUCACUGGACGACCCGGAGGCGAUGGAUGUCAUCCGUUGUGUCGUGGAGGACAUGCGUCUGAUGCGGGCCACCUCGCUCUUUGCGAAUGGGGCGGUUAAGGGGACGUCCACGACGGCAGUCGCAGACUGCAGCAGCCCCGCGUCCUUUGAGACGGAGAUUUUGAAUACGUUAAUGAAGAACGUCAGUGGUGGUUUUGCGGACGGCAUUCAAAGCGUCAACGGUGCCAUCCGAGCAGCUCUUGCUGUUCCAGAUUUUGCCUCAAUGGAUCGCACGCGUUGGGCAGAGGUCAUGGAAAACGCCCGUCUGCAGGAGGCAUUGGCGCAGCUGAAGAGUCUCUGCGCCCUCUUCCACUCCAAUAGUGAGCGUGUAUACACUUUGUUUCAUCGCGAGGGUGACGCCACGGUCUCGUUACGAAUUGUAGAAGAAGUGCAGCCGGUCCUUAUCGAUAUCAUGUCGCCCAUCACGGCUCAAUUCAGUGAAAUGCUCAUCGCCGUGAUUGACGCAUUCUGCUCGGACGGUGAGGGGGCGUUGGCGAAUCCAUCCACCGUUAAAAGUGGGCUUAGUGCGAUGUUUACCACCCUGGCGAAACGCCUCAAGUAUUACUCGGGGACACUGAAAACAUUAGGUGUCAACUACCUCGACAAUGCGCACAGUCAACAAAGUCGGCAAUACGCAGCACUCGUGGAUCAGUCCGUGCUGGAAAUCUUUCAACGCUUUUUGGGGGCGUUGGAGGCGAAACUCACGGAAGGAAUAAACGUCCCCGACACCAUCCGUUCGAACGUCACUGCCAAGGAUCCGGCCUACCAAAAACCGCUCCAGUUUUGCAUGACACGCUUUCUUUUUGCUCACGCUGCCAGUGCCGCUGACUUGGAUGGACUCACCUCCCUCAUAGAAACCGAGACUCUCAAGCAGACGGAUGUGGCAGGGCUGCAGAGGCAGUGCAGUUGUGUCAUGCGGGCUUUUUUGCAUCGCGGUAUUGUGCUUCUUGGCCAGUUGCACCUCCAGUGGGUUGCCGCGGCAUCUUGUCCGGCGGAUGCGGUUGACCCCACAUCGACUGCCGCGGUGAAUUUUGGUGUUUCGCGCUCCCUGUAUGAGUUUGUGGGGCAGUUGGGUAACAUCUACACUCUGCUGCGGAGGGGUAUUCUCUUCGUUAACGCCGCUGCGGGGGAAGCGGUGAAAGAGCGGCGUAGCGUGGACGGUGCGACUGGUAGCUCGAGACUUUACAUGAGCACAGGCAGUGGACGUAGCAGUGGAAUGGCUGCCUCACGAAAGUUGGUGGUGACAUUUGCGCGGCAAACGGAUAAUGCCUUGCAACUUAGUGUGGAUCGCAUCUUUUCGAAGGAAUCUCAGAGAAACGCGGAGUUACGGACAUUUCCACGAGAAAUUCGCCCUUCCUCCAUUGUGGCCGCUGUGACUGUGUAUGUUCUCAAGGGCAUGAUUGAAUACGUGAGGAAACAAACCUUCACACGUACCGGCUUUCAAUGCGUUCAAAUCACCUGCACAUUUCUCCUUCAUGCCCUGACGCCUUUCGUGCCGCCCGCCUCACCCGGCGCGACCACCGCAGGGAGUGACAAGUGUGCUUCGCCAUUAUCGGGGGAGUGGCUGUGCGAAUGCAAAGAUGACAGCAUGAUGAAAAGUGUACCGCAGCUUCUUAAUGAGUGCUGCACAUGUGCAUAUGAGCGUUGUAGAGAAAAAGCUCCACUGACGUCUGUGGUUGUGGAUAAACUAGUGAAAUCUGCUAUUGAGAACAUGCGGGGGCCGUCCCCGCCUCCCUGA